AUGGGCAAGAUUGACGACAACGAGCGGAUAGUUCUCAACGUUGGGGGAACUCGGCACGAAACUUACAGGACCACGUUAAAGACGCUGCCCGGGACCCGGCUAGCCCUGCUCGCCGACUCGGAUGGGCAGAGCCUCCCUGACUGCGAUCCCCGAGUCAACCAGUACUUCUUCGACCGGCACCCGGGGGUCUUCGCCUAUGUGCUCAACUACUACCGGACGGGCAAGCUGCACUGCCCGGCUGAUGUGUGCGGGCCCCUCUUCGAGGAGGAGCUCGCCUUUUGGGGUAUCGAUGAGACCGACGUGGAGCCUUGCUGCUGGAUGACUUACAGGCAGCACCGCGACGCCGAGGAAGCGCUGGACAUUUUCGAGACGCCCGACUUGCUGAGCGGCGAGCCCCCGGACGCAGACGACGAGGAAGAUCUCAACAGGAGACUGGGCAUCGAGGAGUGCAGCCUGGGCGCUACGGGCAAGGCCAGCCGCUGGAAGAGGUGGCAGCCCAGGAUUUGGGCACUCUUUGAGGAUCCCUACUCAUCCAGAGCCGCCAGGUUUAUUGCCUUUGCCUCUUUAUUGUUCAUCCUCGUCUCAAUCACCACCUUUUGCCUCGAGACACAUGAGGCAUUUAACAAGAUUGUUAACAAAACAGAACAUGUAAUAAACGGGAAUUCAUCUCAAUUAAUCCAACACCUUGAGAUUGAAACAGACCCGGCAUUGACAUACAUUGAAGGUGUAUGUGUAGUAUGGUUUACUAUUGAAUUUUUAGUUCGAAUUAUAUUCUGCCCUGAUAAACUUGAAUUCAUCAAAAAUCUUCUAAAUAUUAUUGACUUUGUUGCAAUUUUACCCUUUUAUUUGGAGGUGGGACUCCGUGGACUUUCAUCAAAGGCUGCAAAAGAUGUGCUGGGCUUCCUCAGGGUGGUAAGGUUUGUCAGAAUUUUGCGAAUCUUCAAGCUAACCCGUCACUUUGUGGGAUUAAGAGUUCUUGGACACACUCUCCGAGCUAGCACUAAUGAAUUUCUGCUCUUAAUCAUUUUCUUGGCACUGGGUGUGUUGAUAUUUGCUACAAUGAUUUACUAUGCUGAAAGAAUUGGAGCGAACCCAAAUGAUCCAACAGCCAGUCACCACACCAAGUUCAAAAAUAUCCCUAUUGGAUUCUGGUGGGCAGUCGUCACGAUGACAACACUUGGAUAUGGAGACAUGUACCCUCAGACCUGGUCAGGCAUGUUAGUAGGAGCACUCUGUGCCCUUGCAGGUGUGCUGACAAUAGCAAUGCCUGUACCAGUUAUUGUCAAUAAUUUUGGAAUGUACUAUUCACUGGCCAUGGCAAAACAGAAGCUUCCAAGAAAGAGAAAGAAACACAUCUCUCAAGCUCCACAAACAGGGUCUCCAACUUACUGCAAAACUGAUCUGAAUACACCAUGCAACAGCACUCAAAGUGAUGUGUGUCCUUUUGGGAAAGAUAAGCUGGAGUGCAACAGGACAGUGUUGUCAGGUGAAGACAGUGCAGGAAGUGACCAACCACUAUCUUCUGAAGAGAGGCUUCCAAUCAGACGGUCUAGCACCAGGGACAAAAACAGAAGCGGGGGAACAUGUUUCUUGCUGACCACAGGUGAUUAUGCGUGUGCUACUGAUGGAGGGAUCAGGAAAGAUAACUGCAAAGAUGUUGUCUUUACUGGUUACACGCAAGCAGAGACAAGCGCUCAUUCUUAAUGGCUUCAGGAAGGCACAAACAUGAAAAGAGGUAACAUAUCCAUCAUCUGGGGUAACAUUUCAAUCCAACAAGAAAUGCCUAGCUGGUUUAGCUGAAACCAUACUGGACAUUCAUAUCCAUGUCUUAGUUAACAACUUAUAUAUGUACCUGUUAACUAGAUGAGUUACUGUGUAUAUAGUUCUAUUCCAAUAAGCAUGAACUGCAUGAUAACUUCUUGUAAAAUAUGUAUCAAUGGAAAUAUACAUUUCUGAUAUUUAGAGAUGUACAUUGUUCAAUUUUGUUAACAUCAUCAGAAAAUAUAUUUUAAAGAUUUCAGCAAUGGAUUUAAUAUAAUAUUGGUGCUGCUGUUACUGCAGUGUUAUACUGGCAUCAAGGAUUUUAGACUUUUGAAAAGGUAAAGGGAUUUUAGCCAUAUUAAGGAUUUCUCUGGACAAAUGCUGCAUAUGAAGUGGUGUUAAGCACAGCUUGUCUCAGAAGUAUCAUUGGUAAGACUUAAAUUGAGUUAAAAUAUUAUUUUACAAAUGUAAGUAUCUGGAAUCAGUUGUCAAUUAAGUAAAUAAGUGGUAAAGUGGAUGAGCUAAUUAUAAACGUUGUGUAAAUGCGGUAUGGGGUGCUUUGGCUGUUUACUGAGGCAGGAUCUAGUUAUGCUGAAAUCAGUCAUUACUGAAACUGUAUAUAAAACGUGUAUAUCAUUGAUAAUAGCAAUGUUUUUCUGUAUUAACUCUGUUCCCUGCAAUAAGUCUACACUUUAGUGCUAUAGACAUGUACAAGCACGCAAAUACAGGAAACACUGCUGGAUAAAAUAAAAUUUUAAAAAUCAUCUGGCAUUUAAUCAUAUCCAUCUUGAAUUAUUUUCUGCUAUUUUUGUGAAGUCGUUAAUACAAAAUAUUUUUGUGCAAUUUUGUU